UCCCUUCUCAUUGAGAAAAACAUCAAAGCUCAACAGCUAGCGUUGAAAAUGGAGAAGUUGCAGCUGCAUGUCCCGAGAGUUAAGCUUGGAAGUCAAGGCUUAGAGUUGACAACUUUGUUUGAAUGAAGAGUCACUGUCUGUUACCAUGAUCAUCCCAGCUAUGAGAAUAAAAUCUUGCACUUACAAUUGGUUCUAAAUUUCUGAUAUUGUGGUUGGUAAAUAGAUAUCAAGGUUGGGCUUUGGAUGUGUAGGACUAUCUGGACUUUAUAAUGCUCCCCUCUCGCACGAAGCUGGAUGUUCAAUUAUUAAGGAAGCAUUCAAUAUGGGUGUUACCUUCUUUGAUACAUCAGAUUUUUAUGGACUUAAUCAUGAUAAUGAAAUUAUGAUUGGAAAGGCUUUAAAAGAACUUCCUCGGGAAAAAGUCCAGUUGGCUACAAAAUUUGGUCUUGUUAGAUCUGAUGGGGUGUUUGCUGGGGUAAAAGGUACUCCUGAAUAUGUGCGGCAGUGCUGUGAAGCUAGUCUUAAGCGCCUUGAUGUUGAGUACAUUGACCUAUACUAUCAACAUCGAGUUGACACUUCAGUGCCAAUUGAAGACACCAUGGGGGAGCUCAAAAAGCUGGUAAACGAAGGAAAGAUAAAGUAUAUUGGCUUGUCUCAAGCUAGUCCUGACACUAUAAAGAGAGCACAUGCUGUUCAUCCUAUUUCUGCUUUGCAAAUGGAAUAUUCCUUAUGGACCCGUGACAUUGAAGAAGAGAUUAUUCCACUAUGCAGAACAUGUUGUACUUGCAGGGAACUUGGGAUUGGAAUAGUGGCAUAUAGCCCUCUUGGUCAUGGCUUUUUCGCAGGGAAGGCAGCGGUAGAGACUUUGCCUAGUCAGAGCGCACUGGCUGAAGAUGCCAGGUUCAGUGGAGAAAAUUUGGAAAAGAACAAGCUUUUCUAUAAUCGAAUUGCUGAUUUGGCUUCUAAACAUUCAUGCACUCCUUCUCAGUUAGCCUUAGCAUGGUUUCUCCAUCAGGGAAAUGACAUAGUCCCUAUCCCUGGGACUACUAAAAUCAAGAACCUUGAAAACAACGUUGGAUCUGUGGCUGUGAAACUUACAAAUGCAGAGUUGAGUGAAAUUUCUGAUGCAGUUCCUGUUUAUGAAGUUGCUGGGGAAGCACCAGGCCUUGGUUCUUUAUCGCAAUAUACUUGGAAGUUUGCUACCACCCCAUCAAAGUAAUUGUGUUAGAGAAGAUAAACACGACUUUUUCUUCCCUCACAAUCCAUUCACGAAAAUGAGUGAGUAGAUUUUUCAGUGUAUUGUUGAUAAUUGGUGAAAGGAAUCGUGCUACUCUGUUGUGAAUAAGAAUUGUGUUUGUAUUAAACCAUUAUGCUUAUCUCUAUAAUGUAUCAUCUGGGAACCUCUCCAAGAUAAUGAUGGUAAAGUUAA